GAAUUUUAUUGUUGUGAACGGUGACGAAGUUAUUAACAAUAAAACCAAAAUUUUGGUAUUAGUUAGGUUUAAACCUUUAAACUGUUCUAUAGAACGUUUACAGUAUUGACUCAAAUUUAUUACUUUUAAAACACAAAUACAAAACUAAUAAGUUAUUAUAAUUUUUUUUUUUGUUGUGUAUGACAAAUUUCUUUUACAAUCGUGAACGAUCGGUUUUAUAGCAAACAGCUGAGAGGUGACACAAUUGUUAUUCGUAAAAAUUAAACUUCCCUCCCACUUAAAACCAACUACAUAUAUACAAAUUCAAUUGGCAUAAAAAACCUACAAAAAAUCACGUAGUGCUGACAAAAUUUUUAAUUGCACCUAAUACUACAUAUAAUUAAUACAGAAGCAAAAUGUUUAAAACGUUCACCAAUUUUGAAUUCGCCAUUAUUGUCAGCGUUAUACCAGCUGCUUUUGUAUAUUUAUGGACAUUGAUUGCCGGUGAUUUAAGCAAUUUCGCGGAAAGUCGUAAGAAGCUCUACAGCUAUAAAGCGAAAGAUAUGGUGAACUGUUAUCAAAGUUACACUGAUAACACAAAUGGCGAUGUUAAAAAAGUUGAUUAACUAGCAAACAUUUUUUAGUUGAAUAUAGUAUUUGUGCAAUUUUGUACUGCUUAGCACACAUUUACACCGUUUUAUAAAUAUAUGCAAACUAUUUUUAAAUCAAAA